AUGAAGCCGUCGCCGUUCACUUUUGACCCUCGUGCUGAUACCCUACUCAUUCUGCAAAACCCCAACGCGCAUCUACAGGAGGAAAAUGAGAUCCAAGUGGACUCGGAGCCGGAGUAUGAACGGCUUGGAUCCGAUGAGGCGGGGUUGAUGGAAACAACAAAGGCCCGACGCGAUUCACCGAUGACUUUGGAUAACGACCAGAGUUAUCCGAGAGGUUCGUUAGAAGAGAGCGGGUCUAUCCGUACUCAGGUCGAAUUCCGGGUUUCAUCGAGACAUCUGAGUCUUGUCUCACCAGUUUUCCGGGCGAUGCUGGAAAGCCGAUUCAAAGAGUCUCGGCCAAAUGAUCAAGGGCUCUAUGAGCUCCAAGCAAGCGAAUGGGAUGCCGAGGCACUCGUGAUCUUGCUCGACAUCAUCCACGGCCACCAUCGCGAGGUCCCGAAACGGAUAUCAGUGGAGACGCUCUCGCACAUAGCAAUUAUUGUCGAUUACUACGGCUGUCACGAGAUCAUGGAGCUGGUUUUCGCCGCUUGGGUGAGCUAUCUUGGGCCGCCCGAAGAGUUCGUCAAGCAGGAUCCGAUGCGAUGGCUGUUUAUUUCUUGGGUCUUCAGGCAAGAAUCAUUGUUUACGACCGCAACCAAGAUGCUGCUCUUAUACGACAAUGGCAAAUACGUGGUUGACCUGCCAAUUCCCCAGCCAAUAUUAGGUAAUGACGCGCUUUACCACUUUUUUACCGGAAAUACUGACCAGCUUGAAGAUAAGAUUGAUGACAAUCGUCAAUUCGUUCUCAAUACUCUCUUCGGCCAUCUCUACAAUCUCCAACAAGAUCUCCUCGAAGGCAAAGCCGGCUGCUCAGAAACAUGCGCCAGUAUGCUUCUCGGCUCACUGAUGAAGCAGAUGCGAACAAGAGGGCUUACACCUGUUCGACCAUCGAUGCCAUUUGAUGGAUGGAGAGUUGAAGAUGCGCGUAGCAUGAUUCUUGGCUUUGCGGCGCGACCAUGGCGCGUGCCUGGAAGGUCCACGGAUCAUCCUUGUACGUUGAACAAGUUCUUGUUUUCACGCGUCAGCUUGACGCUCGCACAUGCUAAAGGGCUUGAGUUAAGGGACUUUGAGGGGAGUCCUUGUGCGUUGUUUCAAUCUAUGAGUGUAUAG